GUCUGUUUACUUCCGGGUCACAGGCAGCCGCGCGCCGACGUUUAAAUUUUCGGACUUUCGUGUAUUGUUGAAGGCGACAGCAUGGAGGUGAUUGAAGAUGUAAAACAAGGUCAAAAUAAUUGCAUCGAUGCGGUCAAUAUACACGUAGAGGUUCAUGUGAAGUCUCACAGCACUGCUAAAAGAGAGGACGUGAAGCUGCAUGUGUUGGCUUUACUUAACCGACACCGGAUAGUGUUCGGGAACUACAGCUGGACCGAGUUCGACGAGGAAUUCCUGGCAAAGCACGUGGAGUCAGUGUCGAUCGUGGAUGCUGAGCGACAGCAAAUAGAUUUGAGAAGCUGUUGUCUGUCCAUGUACAUCUUUACCCUUCAUGAUGACGGCCCGAGUACACUGAACCUGGAAGAGGCUGAGGAUCUGUCAGCAGCCCAUCACUGGCUCCUACCCUCAGCUGAAUUCCAUGGUAUUUGGGAAAGUCUGGUGUAUGAGAAUGGAGUCAAGACACAGCUCCUGGAUUACGUCUCAACGAUGAUUUUCUUUUCUGACAAAAAUGUGGACAGCAACCUUGUAGCAUGGAACCGUGUUGUACUGCUCCACGGACCUCCAGGAACAGGGAAGACUUCGCUCUGUAAAGCACUGGCCCAGAAGCUUUCCAUCCGGCUCUUAAACAGGUACUCGUAUAGCCAGUUUGUGGAGAUAAACAGCCACAGUUUGUUCUCCAAGUGGUUUUCAGAGAGUGGCAAACUUGUUACCAAGAUGUUCCAGAAGAUUCAGCAAUUAAUUGAUGACAAAGAAACUCUUGUGUUUGUUCUCGUUGAUGAGGUGGAGAGCCUCACAGCAGCCCGCAAUGCAGCCCAGGCUGGAACGGAGCCCUCGGACGCCAUCAGAGUGGUCAAUGCGGUCCUCACGCAGCUGGACCAGAUCAAACGACACUCAAACGUGGUGAUCCUCACAACUUCCAAUGUGACUGAGAAGAUUGACCUGGCUUUCGUGGACCGCGCUGAUAUUAAGCAGUACAUUGGUCCCCCAUCAACUGACGCCAUUUUCAACAUCUAUCUUUCUUGUUUGGAGGAGCUCAUGAAGUGCCAGAUCAUUUACCCUCGACAGCAGCUCCUCACAAUGUAUGAGCUGGAGACCAUGGGCUUUCAGGAGAGCAACGUGUCAGAGCGCAGCCUCGCUGUCCAGAAAAUCGCAGCGAAGAGCAGAGGCUUUAGUGGCAGGGCUCUGCGGAAAAUCCCCUUCUUGGCCCAUGCUCUCUUUGUUAAGACCCCAAAGGUGACCCUUGAGAGGUUUCUGCAAGCUAUGGACCAAGCGGUCAGCCAGCAGAUUGAGGAGAAAGCUAACUUAGUCAACUGCGUGUGAGAUGUGUGGCGUCCUUUGAAGUCUUUGAUGUUGAACUUCAUUGUUGUCCGCAUGGUUCGUAUUGGCAUCCGGUAUCUGUUUUAUCACAUGAGAAAAAUCCGGACAUCAAACACAAAGUACCCUUAAAAGGCAGAUGUGUUCAUAUUAAUGUGAUAUCAGUGUUUGUUUCUAUCCAGUUGCGCUUUACUGCGAAAGUCUGUAAAACUUGCACUGACCCUGUGAUAUAUACAGCAUAACUGUAAACUGUAAAGUGUGAUGUCUAUGUACAUUUUUUUUUUUUUAAAUAUCUGAUCUUCCUUACAACCACAGUAUUGGCUACUACUUGUGGAACCUUGCUGGGCAUUUUCUCUGUAAGCUCCCCGUAUCUUCAGUCCCGUCCUCUUCACAUGUAGUUAAGAGACGUUAGACAGGAUGUUGCUGCCUUGAGAUUAGUUCAGCCCUGCUCCUUCAUGCCACUCACAGUACUACCCCUGUUCAGCUUAUUGCAGUUCCUUUGUGUUCACUAUUUGUGAGCUGAUGAAUAGCCAAGGAAGGGAGGUUCACACAAUGAAACACCAUAAGUACUAAACAUGUAUAUGUGUAUCCCGGCAUUUAAAUGGAAUGUCAUUCUUUAGUUUCCCCUCCAAAAUGUUGUGAUUACUUCAGCAACACUCCUCGUGCUUUUAGGCGACUGCUGUAAAUUAACCUUGUGUACAGCAGGGUGUUUUGAAACAUUGUUUUGUGGUUUUGUAAAUUGUACCUAUAUUCCUACAUUAAAAAUAUUUAAAUCUUUUUUCCAA